AAGGACAAUUAGUGUUUAAUGAUGUUUCCACGUAAUUCGGGAAAAUUAAAAAUAGCUGGAGAUUAUCGUGUUAAUCAAUCAAUUGAUCAUUUUAAAAUAAAAAUAAAAAUCGUCCAGCAAAAAUCCCCUCUGGUUGAAUUAUUUGACUCGCAAGAAGAAAUUCACGACUCAAAUUAUCUUGAGUCCGAAGAAAAAACAAUAACUUGGCAAGAAAAAAUAUUCAGCUCUCUCGAAGUUAAAUUAUACUCUGAAGAAAAAAAUUGCAGUACAAAAAUUCAAAAAGACUACAAUGAAAUAAUUAAAAAUAAAAGUAUCCAAGGAUCGCGACUAUUUACCUACACUUCCGAUGAUGCUUAUCAUCGGGAUAAAUCGCCGGUGACUAAGAAAAAUUAUAAGUCAUUAUUAUCAAUCAAAAAUGAGUAUGCGCUUCCCACAAUUAAAAACCGCAAGCCGUUUAACGAGCGGUACAACAAACAAGUUAUCGAUGAAAAUCCAACGGACACGAAAAUUCGAUCAAAUCACUAUUUGUACCGAGAUUGUACAGUAAUGCAUAUAAUGGUGGAUUUAUCGUCUAAAGAUCAAGCGUUUCCUGAUCCUGAUACAUCAGAAAUUCUUCUGUGUACUCUUACGUAUAAUAAAGCCGGUAAAGUUUUGACAAUUGAUCCAGAUAUUAAUAAUGAUCAAGAUGAAGCCUAUUCUAUUGAAAGUAUAGGAAUGAAUUAUGACUAUUGGAUCGAACAUGUCUAUGAACACUCAGAUGAUGACGUGAUCGUUAAUAAUAAUUUACAGCAUGAAAUACCGGAGAUUUAUCGGCAAGAUAAAAUAAUUUCAGAUAUCGAAUUACCACCGGCAAAUAUUUUACGAUUAUUUUUGACGUUUGAUUUUAUUGAAGCACGUGAUUUUUGUUACAAUUCGAUAUUCAUUACAUACACGAUCGAUUUACCGAAAUAUUGGAGCACAAAUAAUCGGGAUAAACUGUACGGACGAACACAGAGAUGUAGAAUGAUAAAUAAAUCGGCUCAUUUUAGUUAUCUAGCUGAAAUAACACUUGAUCUUGAUUUAAAUUGUUUGAACGAGACUGUGCCCUCGUGGCCUUAUUUACUUAUUUCCGUAGGCUCUUUCGACAAUUGGACAAGAUAUCGAAUAGAAGGCUACACAUCAAUGCCUUUACCAUCGACAUCUGGGUCCUAUGAAUUUCGAUUACAGACUUGGAGGCCGGUUUAUGGAAUUGUUAAUGCACUGAGACGAUUUUUUACUGGUGGUACUGCUGAGCUAGAGGAUAUUACGUAUUGUGGGAUACCUCGGGAUCAUGAAGGAAGUAAGUUGGAUAAAAAAGAAUUGAAAGUUGUACCCAGUGGUACCGUCGAUUUGCGGGUUAAUAUUAUACAGCAGAAUAAUAAAAUUAUUAGUAAAAGUCGAUCUAAAUAUCAAGAAAGAUUAAAUUCUGGUAUGUUAAUUAACACUGUUAAUAAUGUGCUUGAACAAUUUAAAGCUGCGAGAGAACGGAUGAUUCAAGCGAGAUCUGAUAGAAUUCAUUUGUAAUAUUUUGUUUUAUUAAUUAAUAAUUAAUCUUUCUGUGUAAAAAACAUUACUUUUAAAACUUGAGACAUGUUAGAAUUUUGAGUGCAACUUUUGUAAUUUUAAUAGUAACAAAAAAUUUAUGUGAGUGAAUUUUGAAUAAAAAAUGAAAAUGUUCUCAUCAGAAACCAAC